CUCCAUCUCAAAUAGACCAAUUAGAGUCUCUUCCUAUUCACCAUGUCGUCUAUCCUUCUUCUGAAGGAACACCUUCAAGAGAAACAGUCAAAUCAUUCAAAGAUGCUGCUCUCAUCCUCCUCGAUCGUAUUGCAAAGGACUCUCUCCAGCUUCAGCGAAAGGACGACUGGCUAAGCAAUAGUAGAGGAUAUUUCAGAACAACGUGCGGCUUGGAUGGCAGACGUCCUCAUAGCCGCUGUAUCACCCCAAUACCCAGACAAACUCGCAUUCCUGGCUGCUACGGACGUAGAAGACUGUCUCCAUCGUGCUACAGAUCUAGCCGCAAGAUUGAAGCCCUAG